GUCACCAACUACCGGGCCAACAUGGAGAGAAAAGUUCUCGCUCUACAGGCGAGGAAGAAAAGAUCGAAAGCCAAGAAGUCAGUCAAGAAGCCCCCUCAGCCCCCGAGAGGCGUGUCUCAUCAGCAUCCACCGGCAGAGCCCCAGCAGCAGGAACCUGAUGAGGAGAUCUUGGGCUCUGAUGAUGAAGAGCAGGAAGACCCCAAUGACUACUGCAAAGGUGGCUACCACCAUGUGAAGAUAGGAGACCUCUAUAAUGGGAAGUAUCAUGUGAUCCGUAAGCUGGGUUGGGGUCAUUUCUCCACAGUGUGGCUCGCCUGGGACAUCCAAGGAAAACGGUUUGUGGCAAUGAAAGUGGUGAAGAGUGCAGAGCACUAUACUGAGACAGCCCUGGAUGAAAUUAAGCUGUUAAGAUCUGUUAGAAACACGGACCCUGGUGAUCCAAACAGAGAGAUGGUGGUUCAGCUGUUGGAUGACUUUAAAAUCUCAGGGAUCAAUGGAACUCAUGUGUGCAUGGUAUUUGAAGUUCUAGGACACCAUUUACUUAAAUGGAUUAUCAAAUCCAAUUAUCAAGGGUUACCCCUGCCAUGUGUGAAGAGCAUCAUUCGACAGGUUCUGCAGGGCCUUGACUACUUGCAUACAAAGUGUAAAAUCAUUCAUACAGACAUUAAGCCAGAGAACAUACUGAUGAGUGUAGAUGAGGCGUAUGUGAGGAGGCUGGCAGCUGAAGCCACCGAGUGGCAAAAAGCAGGAGCGCCCCCUCCCUCUGGAUCAGCAGUGAGCACGGCACCAGCACCUAAACAAGCACCCAAAAUGUCAAAAAACAAAAAGAAGAAGCUGAAGAAGAAGCAGAAGCGUCAAGCAGAGUUGCUGGAGAAGUGCAUCCUGGACCUGGAGGAGAUGGCCAAGGGACCCGAGGUUGGGCAGGACGAGGAGGAGGAGGAGGAGGAGGACCCACAGUCCCCCAAAUCCCCUCUAUAUGCCCCUCUCAGACACACCUCGAUUCAGGACUUUGCUGAAGAGGAAGUAAUAGACAACCCCAGAGCACGGCUGGCCUCGGAUGCCUCAGCCGAGCUCAACUACAAUGGCCACCUGCCUGACAGGCAGGCCCUAACCGAGGAAAAUGGAGAUGAAGAUGACCGACAGAAGCAGGACCACCACAAUGCUAACUCGGGACCCUCAGAGGAGCAAUCCCAGAACCUCUAUGAAUACUGUAACGGGGCCUGCUCUCCUGGGCCAGGCCUGGACAACCACAGCAAUGGAGAGGUGAAGGAAGAGGAAGAGCUGCAAGCCAGCCCAGUGAUGGACAACCAUGCCACAACACGGGAGAGCCUGAAAAAUGCUAAAUUAUCGGCAGGGAACUUUCUGGUCAAUCCUCUGGAACCACAAAAUUCAGACAAGAUCAAGGUCAAGAUUGCUGAUUUGGGCAAUGCCUGCUGGGUGCACAAACACUUUACCGAGGACAUUCAGACGAGGCAGUAUCGCUCCCUGGAGGUACUUAUUGGAGCAGGUUACAGCACACCGGCUGACAUAUGGAGUACAGCUUGUAUGGCAUUUGAGCUAGCAACGGGCGAUUACUUGUUUGAACCCCACUCUGGUGAAGAUUACUCCAGAGAUGAAGACCACAUUGCUUUGAUCAUUGAGCUGCUGGGGAUGGUCCCAUGUAAACUUAUAAUGACGGGAAAAUACUCCAAGGACUUCUUCACCAAAAAAGGUGACCUGAAACACAUCACCAAACUAAAGCCAUGGGGUCUGCUGGAAGUUCUGCUGGAUAAAUAUGAGUGGUCACAAGAGGAUGCCGAGGCCUUCACAGACUUUCUGCUCCCUAUGCUGGAGCUCGUCCCUGAGAAACGAGCCACAGCUGCUGAAUGUCUGCACCACCCCUGGCUUGCCCUCUAGUGAUUUUGCCUAAGCCACUACACUGCUCCAAAUUGUCCUCUACUUCCACAAAACGAAUCUGCAAUGUGUCACUUUCCAGGUUUAAGUGCAUAAAAGAA